GCGGCUGGACUUCGACGAUACCAUAGGAGAUGGUUUCUGCGCGCGCUACUCCAAGGAGUUCUUGGUCUUCAACAAGAAGGAAGACAAGGUCCUCGCCGAGUUUGUGGAGGAUCUGAAAGCGAAGUGUGGACGGAAGAGCGAUCCGAAAGACAUGGUGCGCCUG